AUGGCGACUGAAGGAAUUAGCUCAUUGGAACUUGCUGCAUUAGAAAGGAAAGGAAGAUUAAAAGCUUUAGCAAAAGAAAAAGGCGAUAGUCAUGGCAAUAGUAAGGAUCGCGGUGAAAAAAGGCAGCUAGAAAACACAAGUUCCAAUAUGCCGAGAGUCAAGUUUAGGAAUUAUCUACCCCAAGAUGACAGUUUAAAGGAUCAAAAAAUGGAAAAGCCGUCAGCACCAACAGCUCAGGAAGACGUUGAAGAGAUUCUAAGUUCGACUAACGCGAACACUAAAUAUGAAGGAGUGGAUUUGGUUAAUCUAGCCCCGAGAAAGCCUGACUGGGAUUUAAAACGCACAAUAGAAGAUAAAAUGCAAAAAUUGGAACGGAAAACACAAAGGAGUAUCGUUGAUAUUAUUAGAGAGAGACUCCGAGAAGGCAACCUAGCGACUGCAGUAGAAACGGUUACUAAUAAUGCAGGUUAUGAAGGCGACUCUGAUUAA